AUGUAUCCAUAUUCUUCAUUUGUGAAUUCUUCUUCUUCGUCUAUUGGAUCUCUUCGACUCGAGAGUAACAAUCUCAACUCAUCCAUGUAUCAUUGGUUGUUCCCAUUAGCGGGGAAUAAACUUCUCAAUCUUGAUCUCUCUAACAACCUGUUAGAUGGGAUACCCGAAUAUCUUGGAAAUCUCUGUAGUUUGACAUCUUUAUCUCUCUAUGGAAACUCUGUAGCUGUCAACUUUUCUGAUGUUCUAAACAAUUUGUCUGGAUGCACAUCGGUUACAUUGCAAGAGUUGGAUGUUUCAGAUAACCAACUUACAGGGUCAUUAUCCAAUGAGAUCAUAAAGGGAGGUGUUAUAUUUGGAAACACUGGAGAGUCAAAGCUUCAAAAGAUAGAUCUUUCAAGCAACUUACUUGAAGUGAUUCCUUCCAAAGCUCAUAACCUUUCAUAUCUCAAGUAUCUUGAUUUGAGUGCUUGCAAGGUAGGGCCUCUUUUUCCCAAACAGAUUCAAACAUACAAAAAUAUCACCCAUCUUAAUAUCGCCAAUGCUAGAAUUUCAGACACAAUUCCUGUCGGGUUUUGGGAGAUAUGGCCUUCACAAUUGACAUAUUUGAAUCUCUCUUCUAACAACAUUAGUGGGGAAGUACCAGAUUUAUUAUCAAAUUUUGACGACUUUUCAACAAUAGACUUGAGUUCCAACAGCUUCUAUGGGCCAAUAACGAAUGUUCCUCCCACUUUGCUAUCGUUGAAUCUUUCCAAAAACAAAUUCUAUGGUGGAAUCUCCUUCUUAUGCCAAAUUGUUGAUGGGUUCUUAUCAUUUCUUGACCUCUCCCAUAACUCCUUAACUGGGCAACUUCCUGAUUGUUUGUGGCAUUUCAAACAACUGAAAGUUCUCAAUCUAGGACAAAACAGUCUUUCUGGAAGGAUUCCUGCUUCUAUAGGAUAUUUGGCUCAACUCGAGGUGUUGCACUUAUACAACAAUAACUUCUUGGGAGAAUUGCCUUUGGCUUUGAAAAAUUGCACGAAGUUGAAAUUUUUGAAUCUAGGGGCCAACAAGUUUUUUGGUAAUGUGCCUGUGUGGGUUGGGGAAGACUUGACAUUGUUGUAUGCUUUUAGCCUAAGAUCAAACAACUUCUUUGGACCCAUUCCUUUACAGCUAUGUCAUCUCAUCAACCUUCAAAUCCUAGACUUGUCAAUCAACAACCUCGAUGGAUCUAUCCCAUCAUGUGUGAAUAACUUGAAUUCCAUGGUCUAUAGAAGGUUCUUGCCAAAAAAUAACAUGCACGGUUAUGGGAAGCUUUACAACGAAGAAGGUGAUAUUACUAUGGUUGGUACUUAUGUUGACUAUGCGAUAACCGAAUGGCAAGGAAAUGAACAUGAACUCACGAGUACUCUGAGAUUUUUAAUGAGCAUUGAUUUGUCAAGCAACAACUUAACAGGACAAAUCCCAGAUGAAAUAACUGARCUUCAUGAAUUGGUUGUAUUGGACUUGUCAAAGAAUGCUUUACUUGGAGAGAUUCCACGAAAAAUUGGUGAGAUGAAAAAGCUUUUAACAUUGGAUUUAUCUAGAAACAAUUUUUCAGGAGUGAUACCAUCAAGCAUGAGUGGGAUGUCUUUAUUGAAUUACCUAGACGUGUCAUACAAUAACUUGUCAGGGAGAAUUCCAUCUAGCACCCAACUCCAGUCCUUUAAACCUUCAAGCUACUCCGGAAAUGCAGGACUAUGUGGACCUCCCAUUACCAAAAAUUGUACGGGAGAUGAAGAAUCAGAAGCACCACCCCCGAGUGAAAGUGAGGGUGGUGGAGAAGGCAUAGACGAGCUUUGGACAUGGUUUCUUAUUGGUGGGGGCACCGGUUUUAUUACCGGAUUUUGGRUAGCAUGUGGCGCUUUACUUCUCAACCGUCAUGGRAGACAUGCUUUUUUUCACUUUGUUGAUUUCUUGAAAGAUUGGGUUUACGUAAAGGUGGCCAUAUUCAUUCGGAAAUUGCAAAGGGGUGCAUAYACAUAG